AUGGGAACGUAUCAGCCACAAGCACGCCAAUAUUGGCUCCUGACUUAUCCACGCACGAGUUCGAAUUUGUUAGUCAAAAUUUUGGGUCUGGAAGAACAGCCAAAUAUUAUGCAAGGCCAUGUACAAGGUGGCUAUUUCUUCUUGCCGGUCAUUCAACUGAUGAUCGAGUUGAAUCUUCGCGGCCGAGGCGUUCAUGAAUGGACCGAAGACGAAAGAAAACAAAUGAAGGAAUGCUAUCAGAGCUGUUUCAACACAUUACAUCAGCAUCUAGAAGAUGCUAAGAAGAAAGGGUGCUCAGUUUUCGUGAAGGAACACUGCCAUUUUAUGGCCCACCCUGCCUCUAUGACGAAAGAGCUAAAUGGCUUGAUCGUGCACGAGGAGCCGUGGACUAUUGAGUUCCCUGAGAUAUAUAGCCAACUCACAACGCGCUCGAUACAGAAUGAAACAGUCCUCCCGGACGGGUUUCUUCGCCAAUGGUUACCUACCUUCCUCAUCCGGCACCCUGCAUUGGCAUUUCCGUCCCGCUAUCGCGCGUCUUUGGAUCUAGAUAACGCAGAUGGAGACUCGAUUGGUGGCGACCAAGGCACGUUAGGCAUGACUCUGCAUUGGACUCGACUUUUGUAUGAGUGGUACAGUCAUAACCUCACAGCCGAAGAGGCCUUUAUUGACGGGGAUGCUACCUGGCCACUCGUUCUAGACGGAGACGACGUGAUGGCUAAUCAAGGCGUUGUCCUUCGAUUCGGCGAAAUACUUCAACUCGACACGACAAAGAUGCGCUUUUCCUGGAAGCCCGUGCCGGAGGAACAGCGGGCUAAACUGGAGAUGCGGCCGAAACGGAUGCUAUCGACAUUGCUUGAUUCGGAGGGUAUUAUAAAGGGCAAGACUGCAGAAAAUCUUGAUAUCGACGUUGAGGUGAAGAAAUGGCAUAAUGAAUUUGGUGGGAAGGUAGCUGUCCGACUUGAGGAGUUGGUAAGAGCUGCUAUGCCAGACUACGAAUUCCUGAAAUUGAGGAAACUCAAGGCAAAAAUAAGUCUUCCGGCGGUUUGA